GGCCCUGAGCUCAGUGCCACCACUCAGGGCGUUUUGUCCAAGGACUGAGGCCUGUCCCAGCCUUGCGAGGUCACUGGGCGUGCUGUGAUCCUCAGGGCCAUGUAUGUGUUUUGUUACCAUUGCAGCAUUAACUGCUUCAGGCACAGAUCACGGCCUGCCCAGCGAUGCUCUGCUUACAGGCCUGGGCUCUCCUUGGCCUCAGGAAGCCCUGGAUGAAGGCAGGCAGUGGCCUUUGGGUACUGCUGGCAGUCCCUCUGCCUUUCGCCCCACUCCCUGCCCUCCUGCUGAGGAGCACUGCAUUGCACUUUGGUUUUUGUGUGCUUCUUUCUCCCCCCACCUCCCCCGCCAGCAGGCUGUCAUAACCAGCCUCGGUUCCUCGUGCUCGUUGCACUGCAAGAGUAAACGUUACGUGAAGGUUUUUGAGGCUGUGCUACGGUGUUUGUAAGCUUUAUUUUAAAAUAAACUUCUGAGAGAAACCGAAAAGCCUUUGCUGUGGUAUUGCUUUGACUCGGGGAGGCUGAAAUAAGAUGGCCCGAAGAGAUGGUAUUCACCUCGGCCCCUUCGGGAGCGGCGGAGCUGCGAGAACCCCGCACUGCCGCUCGGCCGCCCCGUCCCGCAGCACACCGGGGCCUCUCCCGGCCGCUCGGCGCCGCCCGCCCCCUUCCGCCUGGCGCCCGCGGUCACGUGGUCGGGCUCGGCGCUCGGCCCGCCUGGCCGGCUCGGGGCUCGGCUGCCUCAGUCUGGCGCCAGCGGCCGAGGGGCCCGGAGCGGCGGGAGCGCGGCGGAGGCGCUCGGGCCCGGGCGGCGGUCGGCGGCGGCGCGGAGCUGGGGGAGCCCGGCCGUGCCGUGAGGGCGCGGCGGAGCCUGGCGGCGGCGGCGAAGCGGCCUGGGGGCUCCCCCCGGCGUGCGCGGGCCGAGCGGGCCGGGCCGGCGGCCGCGGCGGGGCUAUGAUGCGCCCGCUGCGGGGCUCCGCACCCCCGCGUGUCCCCCAGGCAGCUUCGGCCCGCGGCUGAGAACCCCCCACCGGCG